CGGAGCGUCACGCUUGUCCCCGUAAUGCCUGGCAGCCCCUCCGGCUGCUCGGCACAGGCUGAACCCAGCCCAGAGGCUGCCGCGGGGAAGCCAGGCAGUCCACAGCCGGCCGGCAGUGCUGCGCUGCUGGAGAAGCCCUCAGCAAUGGCCGAGAGCUCAGCUGCCACAGCGACAGGGAAAGUGGCACCAACUGUGCUAGAGGAGCUCCUGGAGAUCACAGCUCAGAGCCUGGUGCGCACGGAGGUGGCCGAGCACUACGAGGUUAUUCGGGAGCUGGGCAGGGGCAAGUAUGGCCACGUGAUGCUAGUGACCCACAGGCAGAGAGGUACUCCUAUGGCUCUCAAGCUGCUACCCAAAGCCAGUACCAAGCUGCACACCUUCCUGUAUGAAUAUUGUGUGGCGCUCUCCCUCACCACCCACCCCGCCAUCAUUAGCAUGUUUGGAAUUGCCAUUGAGUCCAGCCAGUACUAUGGCUUCCUCUAUGAACCAGCACUGCACAAAGACCUCAUCUCUAUCAUCAAACCCCGGGAUGGGAUCCCCGAGCCAGCCGCUAAGCAGUGUGCCAAGCAGCUCGUGAGUGCGCUGGAGUUCAUCCACAGCCGGGGGCUCGUGUACCGUGAUGUCAAGCCUGAGAAUGUGCUGCUUUUUGAUCCCGAGUGCCGACGCAUCAAGCUAACUGACUUUGGGCUUACGCGGCCCAAGGGUACCAAGCUGAAGCUGGUGGCUGGGGUAAUCCCUUACACUGCCCCCGAGCUGAGUAACACUGCUGAUGCCCAGGGCGUGCCUAUCGACACCAGCUUAGACGCCUGGGCCUUCGGCGUGCUGCUUUUCUGCCUGCUGACUGGCUACUUCCCCUGGGAGCAAAGCCUGCCAGAUGAUCCUUUCUUUGAGGACUUCAUGCAGUGGCAGGAGACGGGCCUGGAGGAGGACCUGCCCCGACACUGGAAACGCCUGACGGCUGAGGCUGCCCUGAUGCUGCGGAGCUUGCUGGCCAUAGAUCCGUCCAAGCGAGGCCCUGUCAGUGGGGUGCUGCACUAUGUCAAUUCCCCUUGGCGCAACGAAGAUGCUAUGGCAAAGCCCUAGACCCUACUCCCCAUGGGAUUAGGGAAGGCGGGUCUCACUGGACAUUAGAAAGCAUUUCUUUACCAAGACGGUGGUCAGAAACUGAAACAGGCUUCGUAGAGAGGUGGUCAAUGCCCCAAGCCUGUCAGUGUUUAAGAGGCAUUUGGACAAUGCCCUUAAUAACAUGCUUUGACUUGGUCAGCCCUGAAUUUGUCAGGCAAUUGGACUAGAUGAUCGUUGUAGGUCCCUUCCAACUGAAAUAUAUUCUGUUCUAUUCUAUUCUAUUCUAUUCUAUUCUAUUCUAUUCUAUUCUAUUCUAUUCUAUUCUAUUCUAUUCUAUUCUAUUCUAUUCUAUUCUAUUCUAUUCUACUCUACUCUAUUCUAUUCUAAUUCUAUUCUAUUCUUAUCAAUCUGUAUAAACAACCCAUGAGUGGGUACAAAAAAAAAGACACAGACAGACUCUUCGUAGUGGUACUGGGUGACAGGACAAGAGGCAAUGUACACAAACUGAAAGACAGGGAAUUCCAUUCAAACAUAAGAAAAAUGGCUUUAGAGUGAUGGUGGCCAAACAUACAUGGGAAGAUUGGUUGUCAUGUCUCUGUCUUUGGAGAUAUUCAAAAGCUGACUGGACAAGACCCUGGUCAAUCUGCUCUAGCUGUGUCUGUUUCGAGCAGAAGCUUGGACUAGGCAACCUCCAGAGGUCCUGUCCGGCAUCAACCAUACUGUGAUUCUGCGACAUUUUUUAGUUUGAGGACACUCUGUGUUGCAACUGGAAAUGUAUGGGGCUCCCAGCUUCUCCGGUUUGCAACUGUUCAGCAUGGCAGGAAGUGGUCUCAGCAGAGCUGGGCACAAGAUGCAAAACUGGCUUGACAAGAAAGGAUUAGCAAGAUUUUAGGGUUUAUUUCCAAACUAAGGCAGACUUGAACUGGUGGAACACCGACAUCUUCGGGAAAACAGAUCAAACUAUCCAAUUCCAUCAGGGCCAAGGUUGUCUUUUGCAGGAGCCAAUCAUGCUGAUGAGUAUCAGUGCUGCCCAAAGAAGACAGUGUGGCAGAGGCUAUUGUCACCGAGCAGUGGCAAUGGCCAGGAUUGUUUCUCUAUCUCCUUCAUCACAGAGCCUUGAGACUUAGGCAGAGGGAGUGUCUGCUGCCGGAAAGUUGUGUGAUAUGCAGCUAAGUGAUAAAAUCAGCACUCUGACUGCACUGUGUCCUUGAUGGUGGUAUGGAAAGGGUUCCAAUGAAGCAAGCACAGCAGUGAGUAGAGCGACAAAAGCUCUGCCCUGAGCCAAGUGCGCAGCCUGGGCUCCUUUUCUCAGUGGCUUAAUCUUAAUUUCAUCUGGAUUUCUUAAAUCAAUGAAUAAACAGACCUGUUGAAACCUGUC